UAAACAAAUAAUUUUUUUCCUAUUAAAAAAGUAGUGCGUUUAUAUUAUAAUAAUUACUAUUUUAAAAAUUUUAAAUAUUAAUGUACAUGAAUAAUAUAAAACUGACAUAAAAAUAAAUAACAAUUCAAAUAAUAACUUAUUUAUUGUAUUACUAAUAAUUUUGGUAAGUAUAAAAGUUCGAAUUGAAAUACAAAACAACAUUCAAUAGUGUAUAUAAUUAGUAUAUAAUAAAAAGCAAAAUAACAUUCAAUACAAUAAUAAUUCAAUGCUAAUAUCACAAUAUUUAUGUACAAUAAAUAUAUACGGUAUGUUUUUAAAAGUUAAAAUCAACAUCCGCAUCAAAAUCUAGUGGUCUUUAAAGCGGACUUUCCUUUAAAGCUAAACUAGAUAGCGCGUGAUUAUCUAUUUCUUAAAUAUAUUAUUUUAUAACAUAUUAUAUUUAUAAUAUUUAUAUUUUAUAAUUGUUUUUUUUGUUAUAUGUGUAGUAGUUGUUUUAUAUAUUUAGGAUGAUAUGUAUUGAGAUAUAAAUAUAAUAAUAUAUAUAAUGACUCGCAUUUUAAAGCACGAGAUUUGUUUCUUUUGAAAAUUAAAUAUUUGUUAAUUGUAACCUUAUGUGUUAUUUGAUAACUAAUGUUUUUAAUAGUGUUGAUGUUUUAUAGUCAUACAAAGUAGGGGAAAUUUUACUUAUACACUUUUUUGGGUACCACUAAUCAAGUAUACCACCAAUCAAUGGACAUUUUCACAAAUAUCACAUUCAUUAAUGUGUAAAAGACUAUACUACACUCACCUAAUUUCAACACAACUUCUUCUCUCUCUUCCCGUCAAGAUCCAUCAUCUCUCUCAUCCGUCGAAAUCCAUCGCCUCUCUCCAACGAGAUCCUUCAUCUCUCUCAAGCAGCCGGCGACAAACGGAUUUCAGAGAACCGAUAUUCAAAAGCUACAAAAUUCUCGUGGCGGUACUCGCGACGGCAGCGAGAUAAGUUCUUCUCUCUCAUGUGUCACGAUGUCUUUCUGGAAAGAUCAUCCGGUGAUGACGAGUUCAAGAUCAUCUCUCGCAGGCGAAAAAAGCAAUCACACUACACGAUUCAAAAUGUCGGCUCCUCUUCCAAAUUCUCAACAACCCCGUUCAAUAGAUCAUGAAGCCAUGGCAAACAUGAAGACUGAGUUUAUGGCUUUAUCGGAUAGAUUUUCUACUGAUCCGAAUGUGAGGGUGAUGGUACUUGCUGCAACAAACAGACCAUCAGAGCUUGAUGAAGCAAUAAUGAGGCGUUGAUAUACUAAAAAUGAAUCCUUGCUACUGUCAAGUUAACAGUGGUAAUUGUAGUAAUUUUAGAUUCAAUCCAGAGGACCAAUUUAUUCUUUACUCUUUUGAGUUCAACGUUUGAUGUGGUCAUCAGAUCAGCAACUGAACCGGAGGUCAACCCAAAGCCCUACUCAACCAGCCAAGGCGCCAAGCAGAACACAU